AUGCCAAUUGUUAGUUGGAAGCGCGGCACCGCAGCUCUACCAAAGAUAUGCACGGGGACAGAGAAAAUUAUUCCUUUGAGGUUUGCCAGGGCCGAAGAGCCAAAGAGUUCUGAACGAAGGCUAAAACUAGUUAUCAGACCGACACCGGAAGAUGGCUGGUAUGUUAUACAACAAAAUGGUCUGCUGAAGUCGUACUUACAGCUUUCCAAAGCAAGACUCACAGCGAUGGUAACUACAACAACUGUCAGUGGUUUUAUCAUGGCCCCAGUUGAUUUAUCUCUAAGCCCAUUAAUGGCAUGCACUAUUGGUACCGCACUGUUAAGCGCAUCUGCAAAUACUUUCAAUCAUUUGCUGGAGACACCUUAUGAUGCUCAGAUGAGAAGAACGCAAAGUCGACUGCUUGUCGUGCACAGAUUUUCACCUUUUCAUGCCGUCGGUUUUGCAUUGUCAACAGCAGUGGCAGGAAUGGCAACAUUAUGGACUGGUUGUAAUCCAUUAACAGCAGCACUUGGUCUACUCAAUGCUUUUUUAUAUGCAGGUGUUUAUACGCCAAUGAAACGUUAUAGUAUUGGGUGCACCUGGGUUGGAGCUGUUGUGGGUGCUAUGCCACCUUUAAUGGGUUAUGCUGGCGCCACAGGAUCCAUCCAACCUGCUUCUUUAGUGCUGGCCGCUCUUUUAUAUUGCUGGCAGUUUCCUCAUUUCAAUGCACUCAGUUGGAAUCUACGUGCCGACUAUACUCGUGCCGGUUAUCGGGUUAUGUGUGCUGCUAAUCAAAGGCUUUGCCGAUUCACUUCACUCAGGUAUUCAGCGGUUAUUUUACUGCUUUGCUCACUGGGAGCACCUUCAGCAAAUCUCACAAAGUGGUUUUUUGCAGUCGAAUCGCUUCCAUUCAAUAGUUUACUACUUUAUCUUUCCUAUAAAUUUUAUCGUCACCCAGAUGCAAAGACAUCAAGGACACUUUUCCAUUACACUCUCCUCCAUCUACCUUUAAUUAUGAUGUUAAUGACAGUAAGCAAGUUUGGCGAUGGCCUAAAUGAAUGA